AAUGCGAUGCCAAUGAAAUUACCACAACAGACAAUUUUUGAACAAACUUGUAAAUGUAAAACUGAUUGGAAAAAUGCCUUCUGUAAAGAUUUGGCAUCUUUUAUGGAGAAACAGACUAUUUGCAGGCAAUUUUUAGAUUCUUCGUCAAAUUGUAAUCAGUUUAUAACACGAUGUUUCAAAAGGUCUUCAAAAAACUGUUCCUGUUGCUUUAAUCAACCAGAGGAACACUGUAAACAACUGCCUUGCUCAAACGGUAAACCGGUGUUUGAAGCAUCGUCAAAUACCAGUUGCGUAUGUUACGGUCCAUCGUCGUAUCCAUAUCAGAUUUGUCCAACAGUCAACUACUCACAUGCAUUACUUAAAGCUAGCAGCAGCGCCUUAAUUCCUGGCUUAAAAAUUACGCCAAAAAAAGCCUGUAUAAUUUUAUUUUCACUUAUUGGCAGUUCCAUACUAUUAACAAGCAUUUGGAUAACCGUUCGAUAUGUUCGAUUAAAAAAAGAGCAUACACAGCGAAGUGUUCGACUUCAGACUGUUCAAGCAGCACUUCUAAAACGACGCGCUGACGAAGAUCGUUAUUUGCCUUAA